CGUAACACAAGGUCGAUCGUCUUCUCAAAAAUGGUUUUGAAAUGUGUAGUUUUUGGAUGUACAAAUCGAAAAGAUCGGGACAAACAUUUGCAAUUUUAUCGAUUACCAGCAGUAGUGGUAAAUCAAGGCGAAGAUUGCGAAAAUCUGAGUAGUGAAAGGCGACGAGAAUGGCUGGCUAGCCUCGGACAGAAAUUUGAAAACCGAAACAUGGGUAACAUCAGAAUAUGCUCGGCACAUUUUAUUGGUGGUGAAAAGGCCCGGCUCUAUGACAAAGGUAACCCAAACUGGGUGCCAACAGUCAAUGUCGGGCACAGGGAGAAUGUUCUGAAGCAAACAAUGGCAGUAAACAGGUACAAUAGGCUCCACAAUAGACAGAAAAGAAAAGCAGAGGAAAAGAUCGUCAUUGUGGAAGAGGGGUUGGCGUUGGAAAACAAGGAAAACGCUACAAGUACAACUGAGUUUGGCACUCAAACAGACCUAACUACCUCUAUGUUAAAAUCAAUGGGGAAUGAACUCCAAGCUCUAAGAACAGAAAACCAAUCAUUGAAAGAACAACUUUCUAAAUAUACAAAUAAAAUGUCACAGGUAGACUUAGAGGGAGACAAUGAAAAAGUAAAAUUUUUUACUGGCAUCUCUUCAUUUGCCAUUUUAAUUUCAUUGUACAAUUUCAUAGAACAACACUUACCUCCUCGUACGUCUUUAGACAAAUUUAGAAUGUUUAUGUUAACAUUAAUGAGACUUCGAUUGAAUUUGUCAGUACAAUUUUUAGCCUAUGAGUUUUCCAUUUCACCUGCUUCAGUGUCAAGAAUUAUAACUUCAGUUAUUAAUGUUAUGUACAUUCGCACAAAACCAUUCGUUUUUUGGCCAGAUAGGGAGACUUUGAAGAUGACUAUGCCAAUGCAGUUUAAACAGCAUUGUGGUUCUAGAUGUGCAGUAAUUAUUGACUGUUUUGAGGUGUUUAUAGAAAGACCAUCAAAUCUGAAAGCACGUGCUGAAACAUGGUCUUCCUAUAAACACCACAAUACAGCCAAAUUUUUGCUGGGCAUUACACCACAGGGUACUGUGUCAUUUUUGUCUAGAGCUUGGGGUGGUAGAGUGAGUGACAAACACAUUACAGAAAAUAGUGGCAUUCUUGACAAUUUAUUACCAGGAGAUUUGAUACUGGCUGAUCGUGGUUUUAAUAUCCAGGAGAGUGUUGGUUCUGUUUGUGCAGAACUCAAGAUUCCUGCAUUUACCCGGGGAAAAAGCCAAUUGUCUGCAGUUGAUGUUGAAACAACCAGAAAAAUAGCUAAUGUAAGAAUUCAUGUGGAAAGGGUCAUUGGAAUGGUGCGACAGAAAUAUACAAUACUGGGUAGUACUCUUCCAAUCAAUUUAUUUAUUUCUAAAGAUGACCAGGGUACAACAAUGGUAGACAAAAUAGCACACGUAUGUUGUUCAUUAGCAAACCUCUCUGAGUCUGUUGUAGAUUUUAAUUGA